CUUGACUAUGGGAGCACACUAUUCACCAAUGCUAGAAUCGAUGAUUUAUCCAGUAGAUACAAUCGUCAGAAACUUCGAUUGGGUGAAUGUCAUGGCAUAUGACUAUUACUUGCCCGCAGAAGAUAACAUUACAGGAGCACACACAGCUUUGUAUGAUCCAGCUAGCACGCGAAAUACAGACUAUGGUAUAAAAGAAUGGAUCAAGAAUGGCUUACCAGCCAAUAAAGUCGUUCUUGGUUUGGCAUACCAUGGCUAUGCGUGGACACUUGUGGAUCCAAAUCAUCACACAGUAGGUUCACCUGCAAGAGGUCUUGCAAUAACAAGCGAUGGAUCAAUGAGCUAUGGAUACAUUAAGCGAUAUAUGAAAAGUUAUGGAGGCAUACCUGUCUAUAAUUCCACUUAUGUUGUGAACUAUGUGACUAUUGGAUCAUUUUGGAUUGGUUACGAUGAUGUUGAGGCUAUCAGAACUAAAGUUUCUUAUGCGAAGGAUAAGGGGCUUCUCGGUUUUUCUGCAUUCCAAAUUCCUAGCGAUGAUGUCAAUUGGGAGCUUUCAAAAUCAGCCUCGGGCGAAGAAGAAGAUCAUAGAGGAAGCAAGCGAAGGUUGCUGGCAAUUCUUUUGCCAACGAUCACCAUCACCAUUCUCCUAAUAAGUACAAUAGUGUGUAUUUUGAAAAAGAAAACUAUGAGAUCUGAAGGUAUCGAGGUAUUGAAUGAAAGAGCUAUAGGUCGUAAUCUGAUAGUUUUCAGCUUUGAUCAAAUAAAAGAAGCCACAGACAAUUUUUCCAUCGAAAACAAGAUUGGAGAGGGAGGCUUUGGACCUGUUUAUAAGGGAAGGUUAAGUGAUGGGGAAGAAAUUGCUGUAAAACGGCUUUCAGAAUGCUCUAAGCAAGGAGUAGAAGAGUUUUGGAAUGAAGUCACACUUGCUUCAAAGUUACAACAUGUCCAUGUUUUACAACUUCAGGGCUUUUGCAUCGAAAGAGAAGAGAAGAUGCUAAUUUAUGAGUACAUGCGGAAUAGGAGCUUGAAUUUCUACCUUUAUGAUGCUGUGAAGAGUUUGAUAUUAGAUUGGGAGAGGCGAAUUUGCAUCAUAGAAGGAAUUACUCAAGGACUUCUAUACCUCCAGGAGUACUCAACAUUCACAGUCAUUCACAGAGACUUGAAAGCUAGC